UUUCUUUUUCUUUUUUUCUUCUUUUCUUUAACCCUCUUGCCUGAUUGUUGUUUGAUGAAAUAAUGUCAAGUUCAAAUCACUCAGGCAGUAUACCAGAAUUUGUAAAGAAGCUAUUCAACAUGUUGGAAGAAAAUGCGUACCCUCAAAUAUUUUCGUGGGGAAAAGAAGGAGAUACCUUUGUAGUUAAGGAUCCCAACGAAUUCGCAAGACAUAUUCUACCAAGACACUUUAAACAUUCUAAUUUUGCAAGUUUUGUUCGUCAAUUGAACAAGUACGACUUUCAUAAAUUACGUUUACCUGAAGAUGGACAACGCAUUUAUGGAGAUCAGGCCUGGGAAUUUAAGCAUCCUAGUUUCAAAUAUAACAGGCGAGACUUGCUAGAAGAAAUAAAGAGAAAACCUACAGGCAAAACACUUCAGAACAUCUCUUCUGCUACCAACACAACGGCAACAGCAUCCAGUAGCUCUACUCUAGCAACAACAGGACCGUCGGGAAGUAAGCCACCAAAGGCAGAAGAGAAUUUAAUGUCGCUUGCGGCUAGUCUUCAAAAGGAAAUAAACAAUCUGAAAGAAACGCAAAAAGAUAUGACGGAUAAACUGAAGGGCUUUGACAAAAAGUACAGUGCAAUCUUACAAAGUAUUGAAGGGUUUAAGAAGAAUAUGGAAGAACAGGAUUCUUUAAUGCGUAAUAUCAUGGAUUAUGUUUCAAAGCAAAAGCCAACCAUGAUGGAACAAGGUUUAUCGAACAUUAUUUACCAGUACAAUGAUAUAACAAAUGCAAGCGAAGCGCAGCUUAAUAGAAUUAACAUGGCGAUCGCUUCAUCCACAAAUACAACAGCAUUAAAUAAUAAUAACAAUGAAUCUAUCAUGCAAAACAUACUUCAGGUACAUUCCACAUCGACAACUUCAUCCUCAUCCUCAUCCCCAUCUACAACCUGUCUACCAUCUACUUUGUCGCAUGCACCUCCGACUUCAUCUCCUCCAUUAACAGGCAAUAUUGCUCCAGGAGACAUCCCUUUAAUGAACCCUAUCAGCUCAUCAAUGCUUGGACCAGGCUUGGCCGCACCAGAAACACCAGUGGUUCCUGAUCCACUUUCGACGACAACCAUGCCAACAGCAGCAGCAGAUUUUAUGCCAGUAGGAUCGUCCCAGCCACAACCCAUGAAUUCACUUUCUGUAAAGAAUUCCUUGACAGCGCCAUCGCGCAAACGAAGGAGAAUACAAUCGGGAUGGUCAGUACCACCAAGAGUCUUAUUAGUUGAUGAUGAUUCCAUAUUCCGUAGAUUAUCCACUAAACUACUUCAAAUGGCAGGCUGUACAAUUGAUGUAGCUGUAGAUGGAGAAGAGGCUGUAAGGAAAUUAAGCACAGGAAAAUAUGAUCUUGUUCUUAUGGAUAUCAUGAUGCCCAAACUAGAUGGAAUGUCUGCUACCAGAAACAUUCGACAAUAUGAUCCAUUAACACCUAUUAUCUCCAUGACGUCUAACACGACCGAUCAAGAUAUUCAACAAUACAUCAUGAGCGGUAUGACAGAUGUUUUGCCGAAACCCUUGAACCAAGGUACCUUGGGAAAUUUAUUGGAAAGAUAUUGUGCACACUUGGUAAUACAAAGACAUCAACAACAGCAAAUUCAUUUGCUGCAACAAAACUAUAGCUUGAAUGGCAGCUUAAUUGAGCUAAAUAUGACUCCUCAGUUGACACUGCUUGAAGAAGAUGAAGACGAUGUGAAAGGGAAGGGUAAAGAAUCUGUGGAUGUAAAUAGAAACAAUAUUGAGUACUUGACACCCUUCACAAGCAAUAACAAUAACAACAAUAGCUGUAGUAGCAGUAAUAAUAGCAACAGCACAAACAGUAAUCAACUCAUGUAUACACCACAGCCUAUACCUAUUAUACCCUCGUCACAGUCAUUGCCAUACAUGUCAACCCAACCCAUAUCAAAUCAAACUUGGUUUUUAUAUCAAAAACAUGGCAGCAGUUAAUAUAUUUGUAAUUUCUAUCCUUUUUUUUUCUUUGCUUACCCUUUACACUUCUUCUUUUUUAUAAUAAAAGUCAACACUGUAAAUAGUUUUAUCGAUUUUAAUCACGGACCCGCCG